AUGUUGAACGCCGAAGUUGAGCGGCAUCGAAGCGAAGAGAGUUUGAUGAUGGCCGAUGGGCUGCCUCCGGCGCCUAGGGGAAACCACCCUUGCGUUACAAUCCUGGUUUUUCUUUCGUGGUUCCUCAUCUGCAUCACCUUUCCUUUCUCGCUCUUUUUCUGCAUCGUCAUCGUGAAGGAGUACGAACGAGCCGUCAUCUUCAGAAUGGGUCGGUUACUCCCCGGAGGGGCCAAGGGUCCUGGACUGUUCUUCAUCGUACCCUGCACUGACAACUACAGCGUCGUUGAACUGCGCACUUGGGCUUUCGACGUUCCUCCUCAAGAGGUCCUCUCCAAGGACUCAGUCACCCUGGCCGUCGACGCUGUGGUCUACUAUCGCGUUUUCAACCCGGUCAUCGCCAUCACCAACGUCCAGGACUUUGCCCGCUCCACGAAACUGCUGGCUUCCAGUAUACUCAGGAACGUACUGGGAACGAAGUCCCUGUCGGAGAUGCUCUCGGAAAGGGACUCCAUCUCCCAGCUGAUGCAGUCGACAUUGGACGCGGCUACGGAUCCCUGGGGAGUAAAAGUUGAGAGGGUGGAAAUGAAGGACUUCAGAAUACCAGUUCAAAUGCAGCGGGCCAUGGCUGCUGAAGCGGAGGCCAUGCGCGAAGGCAGGGCAAAGGUCAUCGCGGCAGAAGGCGAGCAACGAGCCUCCCGUGCUCUCAAGGAUGCCUCUGACGUCAUAUCAGAGAGCCCGGCGGCACUGCAGCUGAGGUACCUGCAGACGCUGGCCACCAUUGCUACGGAACGGAACUCGACAAUCGUAUUUCCGCUGCCUCUAGAGCUUUAUACUCCGUUUCUCGGUAAAUUGGCAAACAUUGUGACCCAAUAAGAGCAUCGGAGCCAGGCACGUGACAACACUCCACGGUCGAGUCCUCGUUAUUGCCACAGCAAGAGCGCCAUCUGCGACAAAACAUAGUUCUAGGCUUUGUUUUUUCUUCUUCUUUUAGUAGUGUUGCCGUCGGAUUCUUCGGACCGCAACACUACACGACACUGAAGAAAGACGAAGACACAUGUUACUGAUUAGCGACACUUAAUAUAGAUCAACACUUUUUUGAGAAAAACAUGGCUUGUGAUCGAAGUUCAAACAAUCGUAGCCGUGAAUCGACCACUUCCGCUCAAAACAUCGCCCUAGCAUUAGCACCCGCCACAGAUUCAUGGGCAAAUUGAGCAUGUGGUUGUAAGACGACAGCCGGUUCUGGGGGUGGUCCUUGCAUUUGGCGCGGUGACACGAACGCUCCUGUGACAUGCGUCCAUGUGCCUCGCUCGGACAUUCUUACUGGGUCGCAGAAGCCGUAGCCUCCACAGUUCACCGAGCUAUCGUGAAACAGAAUGUAGACUAAGUUGCCUGCGUGCUAAUGAAAGUAGCCUUGCCAGCAUCAUGUAUUAUGUAUGAAACACUGUAUACUUCGAGAAAACAAAUAAAGCCAUUCAACCUUUCCA